AUGUCCGCACCGGGGCGGGCGGGGGAGCCGGACCGGACCCUGUUCGUAGGGAACCUGGAGAGCCGCGUGCGGGAGGAGAUUCUCUACGAGCUCUUCCUGCAGGCUGGACCAUUAACCAAUGUGACCAUAUGUAAGGACAAAGAAGGAAAACCCAAGUCUUUUGGAUUUGUCUGCUUUAAGCACACAGAAUCAGUGCCUUAUGCUAUAGCUUUGCUGAAUGGAAUCCGUUUAUAUGGAAGACCAAUUAAAGUACAGUAUCGAUUUGGGAGUUCCCACUCACCAGAGUUAAACAGCCCUAGCCAAGGUUUUGAGAACUGGGUUGACAUAUAUUCACCAACGUAUAGGAAUCAAGAGCCUUAUGGCAGUCCUCCAUUUCCCAUUACUCCUUUUCCAAUGAACAAUAGUUUACCUCAGGAAUAUUCAGUCUUUCAAAAGAUGAUGAGCCAUUUUUUAACACAGCAGUAUGCUGUUUACAGUCCAAUGGAACAGCAGCUUCCUUACUAUCAGAUGACUCCACCACCAUCUUCAGUUUUUCCCAUGCCACCCUAUAUGAAUCCUGUUGAGGAUUUUAAAGCUGGGCAAAGCUCUUUUGAGUGGGUUCCUCCACAACUGAGCGACUGUGAAUCAUAUCUGGCUAAUGAAAAUGCUUGUAAAAGAAAAAGAGAGCAGCAAACUAGUGAUAGUGACAGUAGCAUGGAAAAUGACAGAAAAAAACAAAGAGAACAUGGCCAAAAAUACCGUAAGUGUAAGAUCAAGAAAAAAAGGCACUAAUACUGUGUGACUGAGUUCACAGUUUUUUUUAAUUGCGCUUUUAUUUGUUCUUUUUAUUUGAGAGUGAGCAUCUCUCUCAUUUUUGCACUUUACUAAAAUGGACUCACAAGAUUCAUGACUAUUAUUUUUGAAAUGUAAUAUGUAUAAAGUAUCCUGACAUUGCAGUUAAUCUUAUCAUAUUUGGAGGAAGAAAUCCUUCUAAAAAAGGUAUAGGAAAAGUAUUGUAAAAGUUGAACUUUUCCUAAUAAAGGACAAAAGCA